CUGCAGAAACCACAAGAUAUAUACCUUGAGUCUAUAGAGGUAUAUCAAGAAUACUUACUAUUCUUCGAAUUCUGAAUGGCUUGCUCACACUCAAUGGCUGAUCGAGUCUUAGUUUCUGGAUUGGAGAAAGUGGAGGUUGAAGAAGCUCGGAAAACUACGAAAGUGGAGGGAGGCAUGAAACGGGACGGGGACGGCUCUGGAUCAGGGUCAGACACUGGAGACAACUCUGACAUGGGAAGUGAAAGCUCAGAUGGAGAAUUGAAAGAAGCAAAGAAAAAGGGUCUUAAGGACAAAAUCAAAGAAGAACAAAACAAAGCGAAAUGUAACAGUCCUGACUCUAAGUCUGGGUCCAGUGAGGAUUGUAGUUCAGGAUCUGAGUCAGAUUCCAAAAUGGCAAGUGAGAAAGAUGAUUCAAAAUUAACAAGCGCAAAUACAGAGAAAAUGAAGAAGCAGAUGCAGCAAAAGAAGAAGAAAAUUUUGAAAAUAUCAGAUGAAGGGAAGGAAAAGACUUCCUCCACAGUUGCAGCAGAGGUUCAAGGAAAAGAAAUGAAGAAAAUUAAAGAGAAACAAAGCAAGAAGAAGAAGAGUCAAAUACUUGCUGACUCUGAUUCUGAAUCUAAAUCUGACUCUGGUGCUGACUCCAAGUCUGACUCUGAGUCAGUCGCUGAGUCUAAGUCGGAUUCUGAAUCCAAAUCUGAUUCUGGUCCUGACUCUGACUCGGAUUCCAAAUCUGACUCAGCUGCAGAGUCUAAGUCUGAUUCAGACUCCAAAUCUGAUUCUGGUCCUGAUUCAGACUCUGACUCUGAUUCUGAUUCCCAAGCUGAGUUGUCGAAAUCCAAGAAACAUAGUUCCAAGGAAAAAGGUAAAAGGAAGAAGAGGGGAGUCAAGGGACUGGAGAACAAAAACAAGAUCAUAACCAACACCAAGAUGGAUGAAUCGACUGCAACCAAGGAUCAAACAGAGAUGGCAACUAUUGAAGAAAGGAUGAAGGAGGAGAUCAAGUGCAAUGAAGUGAAGAACACUGAGGAGUAAAUUGGGCAGGCAAAGACGAAACUCAAUAUCCAUUAUAAUGAUAUUAUAUGUGAUGUUUAUGUUUAUGUGUA